CAUUACUAUUUCUUUCCAGGAGUUCCAUAUAAUAUUUUUCCUUCGGCAAUGGUCCGUUCCUACCAAGAUUUCCAGCCUGAUUGCGAAUACCGACAAGGAGAAACUCAGGAUAUCAUUGAAUUAAAAUUGAAAGAUUUCAGAAAGGAACAGCUCAAAGUUACCUUCGGCACCAACCGGACCCUAACGAUUUGCGGAGAACGUCCCCUGGAGGGAACUAGGUGGAUCCGAUUCCGCAAGGAAUUCACCCCUCCCAAAGAUUGCAAUGCAAAUGAAAUUCGGGCAAGGUUGAGUUCUGGCAUUCUAUACGUAACAAUACCUAAGAAAAUUGUUCAGCAGGUUCCCCAACAGGAUCAAGCUAGACCAGUGCAACAAGCGUCAGCAAUUCAACACGAAGGGAAACUAGAGCAAGAGAGCAGUCGAAGUACAGAGGCUGCUGAGACCUUUACAGCUAAAGAAUCGGGUCCUGGAGAUGUGACUACGCCAACUGAAAAUGCUACAUCGCCCAGGGCUGGUCCCAAAUCUUUUAUUCCACGGCUGAAAAUGGGGAGAAAGACGGUAAUGAAGGUUGCGGCAAGUGUUACAGUGCUGUCAUUGCUGUUCAUUAUACUGCUUUUUAUGUUCAAAUAUUAUGCUCCCAUGGUUAAUAUUGUCAACUGAUUACAUUUCAAGUUCCUUAAAACUUGAUGGAAUUCAUUGUAAUUUGACCAAAGAAUAAUAUAAAGGUCUCUUAAAAG